GGCGGGGCGGCGUCGGGCCUUGGGCGAGCUGGGGGAGGAGCGCGGUAGCGACGGCGGCGGCUCCCGAGGACGAGGGCGAGGAGGAGGCGGAGGCUCUUCUUUCCUCAUCCCAGACCCGGGAGCGUCCGGAACGCAGAGCCCGGAACUGGGGGACGCGGCGGCUGCAGGGAGCCCGGGCUAGAAUCUCCCUGGGGAAAGACAUGACUGACUGCAAUGAUAGAUCCUGACAAGAAGUUGAUACCAGAGAAGGAAAGGAAACUGACAGCUAGUGAACAGAAUUUUAAACAACCAGGAUUUUGUAUUUAUUACUCCCAACUAUAGACUUCUAUUGCCACUUUUAAAUCAGCAGGAUUCCCAGAACUUGGACGAAGAUAUUUCUUCUGUUUUGGGUUUUUUUUUUUUCUUCCUCUUUUUUGUUUUCCUUUUUUAAAAUUUGAUCGUGAGGAAACUGCAAUGUCUAGGAAACAAAGCCAGAAAGAUUCAUCAGGAUUCAUUUUUGAUUUGCAGUCCAAUACGGUACUGGCCCAGGGAGGAACCUUUGAGAACAUGAAGGAGAAGAUAAACGCGGUGCGUGCAAUAGUUCCCAAUAAGAGCAAUAAUGAGAUCAUCCUGGUUCUGCAGCACUUUGAUAACUGUGUGGACAAAACAGUGCAAGCGUUCAUGGAAGGAAGUGCCAGUGAAGUGCUCAAAGAAUGGAUAGUAACUGGCAAAAAAAAGAACAAAAAGAAGAAAAGCAAGCCAAAGCCUGCAUCAGAAGCAAGUGGCAGUGCCCCAGACUCCAGUAAGUCGGCCCCUGCUGAAGAGGGGCAGCCUGCAUCGUCAGAGAAAGGCAGCAUCAACGGUUACCAUGUUAACGGUGCCAUCAACGACACCGAGUCCGUGGACUCACUCAGCGAAGGUCUGGAGACGCUCUCAAUAGAUGCCAGAGAACUGGAGGAUCCCGAGUUUGCCACUGCAGAUGCCCUGGACAGAGCCGGUUCUGUGCUGGAGAAUGGUGUCUCUGACUUUGAGCCCAAGUCUUUGACUACGCACUCAAUCUCGAACGUCCAGCAAUCCCGGAAUGCUGCCAAAUCUCUCUCCAGAGCCGCCACAGGGGCGCAGGUGUCAAAUCUGGGAAUGGAGAAUGUUCCACUCUCGUCUACCAAUAAAAAGCUGGGUUCUAACAUUGAGAAGUCGGUGAAAGACCUCCAGCGCUGCACUGUGUCCCUGGCACGGUACCGAGUUGUCGUCAAAGAGGAGAUGGACGCGUCCAUCAAGAAAAUGAAGCAAGCCUUUGCCGAAUUGCAAAGCUGUUUAAUGGAUCGAGAAGUGGCACUGCUGGCUGAGAUGGAUAAAGUGAAAGCUGAAGCAAUGGAAAUCUUGCUCAGCCGGCAGAAGAAAGCAGAGCUCCUCAAGAAGAUGACCGACGUGGCCGUCCGGAUGUCAGAGGAGCAGCUGGUCGAACUCAGGGCUGAUAUCAAGCACUUCGUUAGUGAGCGUAAAUACGAUGAAGACCUUGGGAGAGUAGCCCGGUUCACCUGUGACGUGGAGACUCUGAAGCAGAGUAUUGAUUCCUUCGGACAAGUGUCUCAUCCGAAGAACAGCUACUCAACCCGGUCUCGGUGCAGCUCGCUGCUGCCGGUGUCCUGCAGUGGCUCGACCCGGUCUCGGUGCAGCUCGCUGCUGCCCGUGUCUUGCAGUGGCCCAAGUGACAUCUCUGCUGCUUCCUCCACCCCUGACGCCUCUGCGCCCAGCCUCCCAGGUGCUAACAAGAGAAACUCUGCCCCAAGAGAGGCUUCUGCAGCCAUGACGAACUCCAGUGACCGGCCCUGCCAGGCUCAUCGGGAGGUGUUUUCAGGCAACAGGAGAGGAGGACAAGGCUACAGGCCACAAAGCCAAAAGACCACUGACCCCCCAAACCAAGGGCGGCAUGACAAUGCGGGUCGCUACAGGAACAGCUCGUGGUACUCAUCUGGGCCCAGGCAUCAGGCUGUUCCGCCUCAAGCCCCAGGAAGCGCUGGCGAGUGGAGCCGCCCUUACUCUGCGGGGACCAAUGGAACUGGAGCCGGCUCGGAGCCAAGCCCACCCAAGCCUCCAUUCAAAAAGGGGCUCCCACAGCGCAAACCCAGGGCCUCCCAGGCCGAAGCUGCGAACUCUUGAGGGGGAUUCCAGUUGCCUCUCUUCUCUCCCAUCCAGUUCAACCUAAUAACUGGACUUUAGGAAAUGUAUACUUAGAUUUAAUAACAAAAAGAAAUUUAUGCAUAUCUCUUUGGGCCAUCCUAAAUAUUUUUGAUUUCUACUCUCAUUUUUUGAACGGAAGCUGUUUUCCCUUGGCCUCUCCUAGUGAUAGUGGACUGACUCUGGUUGGUCGUUUUCACCAGAAAGCAGGGCAACUGUUGCCAGCUUCCCAAAGGCGCACCUGCCCUCCACGGCCUGCCACAGAGGCUCUCAGGAGGAACAGUGGUCCGUCGGAAGCAGGUGCCACACGUGCCUGCCAGGUUCCCACUAGUUGAGUUUGAGUGGGAGUAGGAAUGAGGGACUUUAUACUACACUGGGUCUGCCGGAAAAGGGAAAUACGUGUUAGUUCCUGCAACAGAGAGCGCGGGGAACAUCUGAGCCUGCCUCGGUCUGGAGUGCCCGAGAUCUGACACUCGAGUCAGGGUUUCCGUCCGUACUUAACCUGCAGUUCCUUACAAAUGCCCAAAGCCUUGUUUCCUCUUACCUUAGGCUGAAACCCGGUCUGAGGAAGUCUAUGGGAAAGUAGCAUUUUAAGUUUUUUUAAAGAAAAAGUUUUUCUUUGUUUCAGUGUUGGAGAUUUUUUGUUGUUCUACCCUCUCCUGAAUCCUGUUAUGAACCAAGUUUAUCUGAUAUAAUUAGUGUUCAUCUAAGGUGUUACUCGCCACGGUUGCUGCGGUCAUCUUGAAGUGAAUAAAUAAAGGCUAGUGCCUCACGUGA